CAUCUUUGUAACAGCUACAUCCGGAUGGGACACGUACGAAUGUCCAACGUAUACCACCCGUGCAGAAAAGUGGUAUCCAAUGGUUCCCAUACGUCUGGAUACACACAGGAAUCGUGGCAUUCUUAUCGUUGCUACUACAUUGGUCACAACUCCUCAUGUAAAUGGCGCAAACAUGGAUAAGGUGGAGGAUCAAAACGAUGGCACAGCCGCGGACUGAUUCAAACUGCGCAUUCACGGUGGACACAAUCCAGUUAAGCCCAGUUAAUAAGUUAGCUUUGCUCGCCAUAAUUGCUAUCACAUUGAGAAACCACCUUUGUCUGGGGCAGACGACGAGAAUACCCAAAGUGAAAGUAAAGCCUGGUAAUUUCAAUCGAGAUACAUUCGUUGAUUCAGAUGCCCCUGUUGGCUCCGAUUCAACGUGUGAAAUGACUACAAGUUAUGCGACUAUUAAUUCCAAAGACCUGCCCUCGCCAUCUUGUAUACCACUUAUUAUCAUCGAACAAAUUGAGUGCACACGAGACAAGGCAGAAUGCAACCAGUGCAUGGAAAACAAAGGCAAAGAUGGGCCAGUGGCAACAUGUUUUCAGACCUACGGCAAUCAUUGGGUCCCAUUACUCUGUCGAGGGGGACUACAUUGGAUUUUCAUUAAGGUUCCUUCUGGAUGCACGUGUUAUGUACAACCUGCAAUAGAGAUAAAAUGAGAUAGCAAUAAUACAAUUGCAAUGAAGAUAAACAUGAAAAAUAUGUUGACACUAAAAUACUAUCACAUUGACUCUAUCGAAGAUUAUCAAUCAUUGAUCUUUGAUAUACAGAGUGGGCCAAAAUUGACCGCAUAUUGAAGUACUAUGGUUAGUAGGCUCACGAGGGAAGGUUUCAGUCUUUUUAAAAUAUUUAACCGUAGAAACUUUGAAUAAUCAAAGUUUUCUUUGCUAUGAAAUUUGAUUACUGUAGAUUCCUCUGUACUAACCUUGAAAAUAAACUAAAAUUCCAUAGCUUUCGGAUACGACUGUACCCUUCGUCAGUGACAUGUUAAUGCUAUUGUAGAUUUCCCACCACAAAAGCUGACAUUGACCUUGAACCCGACCUUGGAAUCACAGUUUCCAAAAACGACUUACCUACCACCAAGUACCCCGAGUCUCUGUUAAGUGUAGGUUUAUUUGGAUGUGAAUAGUUUUUUGAUUAUCUUAAUUACCUUUUAUUUAGAACUUCACGUCUUCAGAUAUCAUUUUCUUUUCCCAAGCCUGGGAUAUCAUCAUAUCCUUAAGCCAUUAUAGAUAUUUAUUUGGCUAACAUUUUUGUCACCCUUUACCUUCUAUACAUGUCACAUUACAUGCUUUGCCAAGCAUUAAUUUCUUAAAAUGUGUUGACACCAAAACAUUGCCCCGUGCAGAAUUUUACUAUUGCAGGCGUUUGUGUCCUGUUGGAUCAAUAUUUUUAUGACGGAUUACCGGACAACGACACUUAAUUUUUGAAGCAGGUUAGGGACUAAACUCAUUUUGGACAGACGUCCAAUUCCUUAUUGCUGCUUCGGGUCUCUAUACCACGGGUUGCCGUGCAUGGUAACCGUAACUCUGGCAUAAAGUAAUAUUUGUGCCUCCAAUUUUGUGGAAAUAAUAAUGAAUGUUAAGUGAUACUAUGUACCAUAAAAAAAUAAAAAUAAAAAUAAAAAAAUAAAAAUAAAAAAUAUACUAUUUACCAGGUUUGGUGCCAGCUAUUGUGUGUGAGACUUUCUGAAG